AUGAGAUGGAGGAUGUGGCAGGCGUUCUGGGGUGUUGGUGCCAUGGUCGUGCAUAUUUUCUCGUUGGGGUCCACGAGGAAUAAGUAUCUCGAAAAUCAAACAUGGGGCAUAGGGCAGUAUCUUGCCGUUGCGACGUGGAUACCCGCAUUGCUGAAGAUGGGUUACAUAGUUAACGUCGGGGCCGAAAUUGGACUCUCGGCGUCUUUGCCGCGGCCAUGGAUAGCGCUGAUGAUUGAUGAUAACCCAGAAAAUGAACAACGUUCUACGCUUGCAUCAAUCUGCUCCCGAGGGGCAUCAUUGAUGGGACUGCCAACUUCCGCCUUUACAUUGGGGAGACGACGAGACACCGACGACACAUCUUUCGGCAUUGAAGAAGGGCAAACCACCGGAGUUAUCCAGAUUACCAAUGAAUCUAAUGAAAUAAGGCCCAGAGAGGAUAAAGUAAAAAUAUUUGGAACUACCCAGGAAUUAGAGGCCCCAGUAAUUAAACCAAGAAGACGGGGUACGGAUGACACGCUAGUGGGAGAUGUAAUUGAACCCGUUCUGGAUGAUUUUAAUGACAAGCAAGAUAAUGGCAAGAUAGUGGAGGAAAGCCUUCAAAUGUUUGAAGAACCCGAGGAAGUUGAAGAUGGACUGAGGCAUGAAGUUAAACCUUAA